ACUUAAUCCCAAAGAGAUGAGGGUUUUACCUGUGGAGUCUAGACGACGAUCAUCCUCCAUCGCGGGAGGAGCAGCGAUGGCGCCUCCUCCUCCGGCGCAAGCGCGAGGUAUGAAUCGCAGCGACUCGGAAUGGGCAUUCCAGGAGUUUCUUCGCGAGCACGACGAUGCGAUCCAGGAAGAAGGGGAUGGAGCUAGAUCUGCGAGCAUUCCAGGUGCGCCACAGCAGGCCAGCGCUGCUGGAGGGGCUGGGAUUGGGAGCAGGCUAGCGCCGGUGACAGAGGAGAGCGGUGUGGAAGAGGUGGAGGAUCGGCAGCUAGAUCCCUUGUUCUCGAGAUUAUCCAGCAGCGAGAGCAAAUUCGGCCAGCUCGAUCCAGAGGCGUAUCAGGAUUAUCUCAAGAAGAGGCUGGAGCUCGCGUGUGCCGCCGUCGCUCUCACACGGGCCAGCAACCGGAAAGGAUCGAAUGAUUCGAGCAGCAAGAACGCCACGGUCGCCGGUGGGAUUCCAGCUCUACCUCCGAAGCCCGAGUACAAAGACAAGCCAUCAGCUACCAGUGGUUCUUCCCGCGAGCACUCCGAUGACGAGGAAGGGGACGCAGACCACAGCACUGUGGAGCAAUCGACAGAGCCCAGCGACAUGAAACGCAUGAGACGGAUGCUAUCCAACAGGGAGUCCGCGAGAAGGUCGAGGCGACGGAAGCAAGCUCACAUGAGCGAUCUCGAGAUGCAAGUUGCUCAGCUGAGAGUGGAGAACUCGACGCUGCUCAAGCAACUCAACGACAUCAACAAGAAGUUUGGCGAUGCUGCCGUGGACAACCGGGUGCUCAAGUCCGACGUUGAAGCUCUGCGAGCAAAGGUGAAGAUGGCUGAGAACGUCGUCUCCAGAGCUGGCUCUAAUGGAUCGAUGAACUUCUGCAACCGACCGCAUCAGCAGAAGUCUCCGGCUUUCCAAAUCAUCGACGAGGAAGAUCACGCUCACCACCAAGAUCAUCAAAGCCCGCAGCAGGAAAACUCCGGAAGCGGAGGUGGUGGCAGCAAAAUGAAUCGCACGCCUUCCAUGCAACGGGUCGCGAGCUUGGAGCAUCUCCAAAAACGCAUUCGCGGCCCACCUUGUAACAACACAAACACCAACAGCGAGCGCGAUUGAAAGAAACAAAGCCAAGUACCAAAGAAGAAGAAGAACGAAACUUACCUGUAAAUAUACCGUGACAACGCCUGUGACAAUCUCAAUCUUCUUCUAUGAAUGGUAUACAAACUUUCUAAAAACUACAGAGGCU